AUGUUUCGAGCAUUGUUUUUUAUAUUUUAUAUUCUUACAAUUUUGAUUAUAUCAUUAACAUAUGGAAAGAAUAGAACUAAUGAGAAUCAACAACAACAACAACAAAUAUCAUCAACAAGUAUUCAAAUAUGUGGUCCAGCUUUAGUUCGAAUGCUUGAUAUGAUAUGUAAUAGAGCUAGACAAUUAUUAAUGAAAAAACGACAAAUCAUUAUUGAUGAUGAUCCAUAUACACAAUUUAAUAAUACAUUGAUUGGUGAUUGUUGUCUUCAAGCAUGUACACUUAACAUAUUGUUAAAAUACUGUUAA